CAUCAUGGAAGACGACAAUCGGAGCUUCGCUACCGAAACCCUAGACGAGGCGUUGGUGAAGAAGCACCAUGACAUGCUCCAACGCUUCCCUGCUCGCCACCACGCUAGAAAAUCCGAUUCACCUGACUCUUCUUCUUCCACGUUCGAAUCGAUCUCCUCGUUCCUCUCCCGAUUCGCCGAUUCCAAACGAUCAACAGAUUCAAUUGUUUUCAUUUGAAAAUAUAUAAUAACCAAAAUUUUAUAAUAUAAAAAAACUAUAGCCCCCAGGUCCGGCUCUGAAUGAUCGGUUCGAUUCUUAUAAACGAUGUUGAAGAUUCUGUGUUUGUGAUGGCGUCGCAUCAGAUUAGAAUCCAUCGUGCUAAGAAGUGUGAUUUCUAAUUGAGAGUGAGGAGUCGUCUGAUAAUUGAAGAUAGUAAUGGAGUUAGAUUCGCGCCGUACUGUUUGGAUUAUGGAGGGAUUGAGGAGGAUUUGAAGAUGGCAGGGUUGGAGGAGGACACUGAGAGCUGGGCCAAUGUUGAUGAUUUCUUGUGGCUGAGAGCUGUUCAGUCUCCUAACUGGUCUGUUUUACCGGAAGAAGAGAGGCUUUCUUCGGUUUCCAUUUCCAGCGAUGGCGAUUCUUGAUAAAAUUAUCAAUUUUGAGUCAUUUUUGCGAUAGCUAUUUUUUUAUCAGGAUUUAAAAAAAAGAAGAAAAAUUGUUAUUAAAUAAUAUAUAUAAUAACAUUUUCUUUAAUAUCUUAGUAUAUAUAUUUUUAAUUGUGAGGUAGAUUAACAUGCCAAAAUCUUAAAUAUAUAAUUGCCAUGUGUCGCGAUCAUGUCAAUUAUAACUUUGAAGAACAAAAUUUUAUAUAAUAAGAUAUUUAAAAUUCAAUAUAGAAUAUACACUUAAUUAAUUUUAAAACAUAUAGAGAUUGUGUUUUAAUUGUGCUUUUUUAUAUAAAUAAAAAUCUAAUAUAUUUUAUAUCUAGUAAUAAAUAUAAAAUACUUUUCAAGAUAAUAGUAAAAUUUAAUAAAUUUUGCCCCCAAACAACCUUUACACUGGAUAUGCUACUAUAUACAUGAGUCAGUUUUGCUUAUCCUAAAUUUAGUUUCCUUAAUUAUGUAGAGAUCUGUUGUCAAAAAUAAAAUUAUAUAGAGAUCUAAAAGCCUAUAUAACCUACAAGGUUUUAGCAAAAUUUAUCAACGUCAAAACAUAAAUAUUAAACAUCUACUUCCAAAAAAAAAAAGAAGAAUGGAGCAGAUCAGAUUUAGAGAUGUUGUUAGAACCAUCGCAGUAGUGUUUUUGUUGGUCAUUGCAGAACAAGCAACUGCAGGCUCUAUUGAUUAUGCCGAUUGUUAUGGACUGUGCAAUCCCCAUUGUGAGCAAACUUGCAAAGGAUUAGGUUACACAGCUUGGUUGUGUCCAUUAGUCCAAACCAAGUCAUUCUGUUGCUGUACACCAAAAAAGAAAAAAAAUGGACAUUCUGUUCAGUUGAACAACUAAAUUUUGAUGCAUAAUGUAAUAUGUAUGAUUAUUAAUAAAACCCCCAAAACAAAAUAUAAAAAACAAUUCAAAAUGUCUGGAUUUGCCUUUUACGUAUAUAGUGCAAGCUAAACGUGUUAUGGGUGAAUAUGUAUGUUUGACGGAUCUUUAUACAAGAUUAAUAUUAAACAAAUGGAAUCCAAAUCGCGCAAAUUAAAAGAACUACUAUUGACCUCGAGAUAGGUAGAAUCUGACUUGCCCGAAACACGGCUCCAUAUGAUUAGUCCGACUUACGUACAGCCCAGAAACAAGCAGGAAUCAUCAACACCACCGAUGAAGAAUAAAGUAACUUUCAAAUGCUUUAAACUCCUUACAAACCUGCCUUCCACCAUCUCCCAAACACCAGGUCUUGUUCCGUUCAUGUUUCAUUAUUGUCUUUUAUUUUAAAAUUCGUUCUUCUUCUCUUUUAUAUAUAAUCGUUAUGUGUUUACAUAUGUUGGAUAAUUGGCUUUGAUUGUUGUAAUUGCAUUUGUUAUAUCGAUACAUGUUGAUUAUGUUUUAUUCAUCAACUUAAAUGUCUCAGCCCCAACGUUUCCUCCUUCUCUCUUCCCGCCAGAGUUCUCUCCAGAGCUGUCUUUAUAAUUGUCUUCACCUGAAAAACCACCAUUUCCAGCCCAUUGGCAGAGAAACACCCAGUUUCAAACCUCCCAGCGGCGGGAGCAAAAGGCUCAUUUCCACGGGUUUAGUUACAGCUAACUGAGCUUGGGUACUAUUGGGCUCAAAAUAAUAUAUGAAUAGCGAGGCCCAAUAUAACUAUCAGCCCAAAGGUGGAAAGCUCAGCAUAGAUGGAACCGCCUGCUUUGACUGUUUAUCAAAAGUCUUUUUUUUUCAUCUGAAUUAUUUCAUUCAAUCAAAGACUGUUUAUCAGAAGUCAGAACUUGUUAAAUUCUUUUUUGUUCCCUUAAUUAAAUAUUAGGAGAAUUGACUGCAACAAGCAAUCAAACAAGUACUGCAAUAUGAAAGUAUUGAAAAUAUUAAAAAUAUAUUUGGUUAGCUCUUAGAAAGUCUUUCAUGUGAUACAUUCAAACAAAUCUGUUUGAGAACAAGAACACAAAUUCUAGUAAUAAGCAUUCUGCAACAUAUAGAUAGUAUAGCUUUAUAAAUUACAUGAUUUCUGAAUGGAGUAUUGGUAGGUUGGUAGAUGGAAAAAGUCAUAAUCAUUUCCCAAAAAAUUGGCCUCCAACAAUGACCCAUUCACACAUACCAAAACCCCUAUUUUAAGCACAAAUAUGAAGUAUGAAUUUUUUUUUUACUAAUUAGACACUUCCAGUAAUUUUCUGAUUAGUAAAAUAUGAAAAGGGUUAACUACUGUUUUUUUUUUUUUUUGUUAACGAAGGUUUUGUAUUAUGGAAUAUGAUCAUGUGUUUUUUAUGGAGGAUUCUCACCAGUUUGCUUCCUCUUAAGUCUAAUUUUCCUCUAUAUAUAUUUUCAAAUACUCUCUCUUUCUUAUACAUUAACUUAUAUAAGCAGAUUUGUUUUGUACAUUGAUUCUGAGCUCUGCAACUUCUGUGAUCAAAGCUUCAAUGGAAGGCUUAGCUAUCAGAGCAUCGCGACCGUCCAUCUUCUGCUCUCUUCCAGGUCUCGGCGGCCAUUCUCAGCGACAACCUCUAAGUGACGGUUUCCUCAGGCUGCCGGCGUCGUCUAAUGCAACGGUUAACACAAACUUAGUCGCGAGUUCUGUCUUCAAUGUGUCUUCACAAGCUUCCCUCACCGCCGAUGUCCCCGCCCUUUCAGACAACAUCGUGUGGCACGAGAGUUCCAUUUGCAGAUGCGACCGACAACAACUUCUUCAACAAAAGGGUUGUGUCAUUUGGAUCACUGGUCUCAGCGGUUCAGGGAAAAGCACUGUUGCGUGUGCGCUAAGUAAAUCAUUGUUUGAAAGAGGCAAACUUACUUACACACUCGACGGCGACAAUGUACGCCAUGGCCUUAACCGAGACCUUACUUUCAAAGCUGAGGAUCGUACCGAAAACAUACGCAGGAUCGGUGAGGUGGCUAAGCUGUUUGCUGAUGUUGGGGUCAUUUGUAUAGCAAGUUUGAUUUCUCCGUACCGGAGAGACAGAGACGCGUGCCGGUCCCUGUUACCCGAAGGCGACUUCGUGGAGGUUUACAUGGACGUUCCUCUGUCUGUGUGCGAGUCAAGAGAUCCAAAGGGGUUGUACAAGCUCGCACGUGCCGGGAAGAUCAAAGGUUUUACUGGAAUCGAUGACCCUUACGAGGCGCCAUUGAAUUGCGAGGUCGUGCUGAAACACACCGACGUCUCUUGUUCGCCACGUCAGAUGGCUGAAAACAUCAUCUCUUACUUGCAAGACAAAGGUUACCUUGAAGGCUAAUUAGUCAAAUCUGAAAAAUCAAAGAGAAAAAAAAAACAAUUAGAUUUUGUAAUGGUUAAAUGAUUGCUCUCUCUGGUUCUCUCGUAAGCUUGAGACGUGAUAUACGACAGUGUCUCGCUUGUCAUACUAUCAUUUGUUCUUGAAUUGUGUUAAACUCGAGAUCCAGAGGAAGGGAACAUAUAUAUUUCUAAUUUAGUUACUUAAUUAGUAAAGAGAUGUUUAUCACUUAUUGUUACUGAUUAUGUUGUAUACUUUUUUACUGUGUUGUAUACUUUGUAAUUUGUAUUACUAAUAAAAUGAUUUUCUCUGUAAUUAAUUUGUUUUAGUGAAUUAAUAUUUGAUAGUAAUUCUUCUCUUUA